GUAGUUGAUUAGUACUAGUUCGACCAGUAGUUUCGCCCUUUCCCCCCUUCUUCCACCAUCCACUAACCCCCAUCUCAACGCAAACCACCCUCUCCGCCGCGCGCGCGAGGCAGAUCUCGACGGGGAGCGCAGCCGCCGCCGCCAGAUCCCGCCCCGAUCGCCCCCGCCUCGUCCCCACGGUCCCGUGGAUACCUCUCUCUCUCUCUCUCUCUCUCUCUCUCUCUCUCGGAUCGGUGCGAUUGCCUUUCUUUUUGCGCGGCGGGGAUCGGGUGUGUUUUGGGGACGGUGAAGGAGAGGAGUGAAGUGUGGAGGCGAAUCGAAUCGAUCUGAUUAGGAGACCUGCCAUUUCUGUGCUUGAUUUUGUUUCGAUCUGCUCCUUGGGCUGUAGAUCUGGAAGGGCUUCGUGGGAUCUGCUGCUCGAGCUUCGUGAGUUGCACAGGAAAGUCUUGGGCUUUUGCGCUCAGCUCCACCACCUUCACCUGUUCCUCGGGCCAUGGCUGCUCUCGUCAUCUCGAAGCAGCGCAGUCACCAGCAGCAGUCAUCCGAUCGCCGGAGGAAGCCAUCGUCGCACUUCGCGUCACCCCAGUCCAUGCGUGGCUUCAAUGCUGUCAACUGCCGAGCCUUCCACUCCAGCGUCAGCAUUGGCAUCCUGCCAUCCCCGCCUCCACCCCCAGCGCGCACCUACUCCUCCCCGGAGCCGAAGACGCCCAAGUCGCAGCCACACCACGGGAAGAAGCGGAGCAGGGCAAUAUCUAUAAGCCCUUCAACGUCUCCGCCAUCCCGGCCUGAGCUCUGGGCUGGCCCCGCUUUCUCAAACUCUCCGCCUCCCAGCUCGCUGCCGAUACCCAAGUUCUCACUCCACCAGAAGCGCAGUGUUUCACUCGAGUUGCCACCUGCUGGCCGAUCAGAUGAUGUGGUGGUGCCUUUGCAUGCUAAGUCAGCGCCUUCGUCGCCAACCGCAGGCUCAGGUGUCAGCUUCUUUAGUGAUAGUGAUACUGCUAUCGCGACUGAGAAUCUGAGGAGAAUCCUCCACCUGAAAAUCGCUGAUCACUGAAUGGAUGAUGGGCAGGUCCUUGUACAUAGGCUAUCUGCAAACUAACCUUGGUAGUGUGUAUAGAGUAACCGAGAAUGGCCAUCUUUCACCUGGAUGGUGGUUCUGCAUAGUUCAUCAACAGGAGGUACUUCAGGCAGGCAAAGCACCUCAAGUAUGCAUGGCAGCGUGAAACUGCGGUGAAUGACUUGGUGGUGAGACUGUUGGUUGUCUGGAUGAGAGCACAGCAGUUUCUGGGUAGCCUUUGUAGCUUGUGGUCACCUCUAUGUUACUAAUGUUCUUUCAGCCUUUUGGGUAUUCCUUCUUUAGGUUUUAGAUCACCAUUAUCCAUGGUCUCACAUCAUUAACCUUUAGUCGUAGUCUGUCCUUGUUCCUGGUAGUUCAUGCCUGGCAGGGUAUGAUAGUGUCUUAGUACUGUUCAAAUGCUUAGAUGUCUGCAUCUGAUUAUCUGGCAGCUAUCCAUGUGUGAAAUAUCUGUAGGAUAGCAAUAUCUUGCAGUGCAUGCAUUUUGCUUCACCUUGUAGACAUUCCUUGGUUCCUCUGGCUCACUCUACUCUUGCUUCUGGUGUUCUGCAAGGAACAUUAUGAUCUCUCCUAGAUGUCUCUUCUGUUUUUUGGAAGGAAGAGGCGCAGUGGGAUUUCAUGAAGCUCCAAUCUUCCAUGUUCUUGCUCCAUAUGACACUACUAAUUUUAUCCAUGCACCUUUCCUUUUCUUUAGUUUGUUCCAUAGCUACCAUGUGAGACCUCUCCUAUCUUUCUUUCAUGCCUCUACAACUAGAAUUGUGUCUAGUAGUGUUAUGCCUUUUUUAGGGCACCAUCAAUAAUUCCUAGUCCUUGUUUAUGUCCAAGAAACGUAUUUGGAGUUCUACUCUCUUCUAUAUGAUGGACAAGCCAGACUUCAGAGACCUUUGAGCAUGCAGACCCAAAUACGGUUUGCUUAUCACAGUGCGCUUCAUGGUAUUCAUCCCUGGAGCUCGUAGCCACCAUCAAGUUUGAAUAAUCUUCGUAGUCGACGGGCAGCACAUAUGCUAGAACGUCAAUUCAGUGUAGUGCCUGCUUGGCUAGUUGUACCUGGUACUGUUUUUGUUAUAACAUUUUGUCGAUGUCUUGAUACAUUAGCGUAGUGUCUAUUUGGGCUGGCAGUGUAGUACCUGCCUGGCUAUUUGUAUCAGCUUGCUUAAUACUUAAAAGUAGACCUUUUUCCACUGCCUUCCGAGUUUUUAUGAUAUAUUUGGAUGUUAAUGUUGUAGCACUUAACUUCUUAUAUGUGCAAUGUGAACUGCUUUUCACCAGUU